CCGCGUCGCAGCGCCCGGCCACCCGCACCGCCCGCCCCCAGUGCUGCCGUGACAGUCGCCCGCGCCGCGCGUCCCGCAGGGUUUCCGCUGCCACACACCUCAUCAUGGACACAACAGUGUGUCUCAGCCAGAGCAUGGACUCGGUCAACACUCAGAACGGCGAGGAGGAGGUGCGGACACUGUUUGUUUCCGGCCUUCCGAUGGACGCAAAACCCAGAGAGCUCUAUCUCCUCUUCAGAGAAUAUGAGGGAUAUGAGAGCUCGCUGCUCAAAAUCACUAGCAAGAACGGCAAGACGUCGUCUCCAGUCGGCUUUGUCACAUUUAACACCAGGAAUGAGGCGGAGGCGGCCAAAAAUAGAGCACAGGGGGCUCGCUUCGACCCCGACCUGCCGCAGACCAUACGGCUGGAGUUUGCCAAGAGCAACACCAAAGUCAGCAAGCCAAAGCAGCAGGUGUCGGCGGCAGCACCGCACCCAGCACUGAUGCACCCCGCCUUCUCACACGGCCAGGUGGGCGGCUUCUACGGACCGGGCGCCGACAUGUGGCACCACCACCAGGCGGCGGCGGCGGCGCUGGCCUACGGGCCCGACUCGCUGCACCACCCGCACCUGCUGCACCCGGCUCUGCACGCGGCUCAGGUUCCGGCCCACCUGCAGCUCUCCAAUCUGAACACGGUCGGCUCUCUUCCGCUGAUGUCUCACGGCGGCCUGGGAUCGCCCACCUCUGUGGCCGGCAACACUCCCUGCUCCACGCUGUUUGUGGCCAACAUCGGCCAGAACGUCACUGAGCAGGACCUCAAGGAGAUUUUCGGCAGCCUGCCCGGGUUCACUAGGCUGCGCAUGCUCACCAAAGGCGGCUCGCCGGUCUCUUUCGUGGAGUACCAGGACACAAAUCACGCUGCCGUUGCCAUGGCAAUGCUGCAGGGUUUCGUGCUCAGCCCGGAAAGGGGAGGCGUUAGAAUUGAAUACGCCAAAACCAAAAUGGCCGAUGGCGGGAUCCAAGACUAAGGAUGGACAACAUCAUGUCGCACUGAGUCAGCCUUCAGCGUCCCUAGGAGAUCCCAGCCGGCCGGCCCUGCAGACGCUCUGGGCCGAUGGCUGGCUCGGCAGGCAGACCAGGGCCGGUGCUGCUGAGCUGCUGCUGGCCGCUGACGCCGCUGGCGCCGCUGAUACAGCUGAUGCUGAUGCCGCCGAUCCUGCUGAAGCUGCUGGUGCCGCUGGCGCUGACUCGAUCCGUUGUCGAAGGAAGCAGCAGGGGCGCCAGUAGGGUGUAGGCAAUUUUAUCCGUCCGUGAACAGCAUUCAAGCAUAUCAACGGCCUUGGACAGUCACAAAAUAACCUGUAAAUUUAUAGAGCGCUGACGGGAGAGGAGUCCCCAGCGUUGACGUGAUGCAGAUGGCGUGGAGGUCGACCUCCGAUAAGUUAGCGUGUUUCUGAUCUUUGUGUAACUCAGAUAGGCUCAUGUAUAUGCCCUUUGAGCAGCUAUUUCCUCCGACAUUCCCUUGAGCGGCGAGCAGCGCUGCCUGAGCAGCAGCCGCCGCACGUCCAUAGACGGCGGCAUUGGAUGGCGCAGGAAGUAAACUUUAUGUCUAUGAAUAAUCCGUAGGUGUCGCUAGUUCCUCGCUGUUUUUCUCCAGUAUGUUAGCUGUUCGGUGUUAGGCCCCUGGCAGGGGCAGGGCAUGCUUGUGUGCAUGAGGCCGGCUGUUUCCUUCCAGAGGCUCAGUGACGCCCCUCAGGCAGCCUUAUAGCGUGGCGGUGCGACUGCUCUCAGCGACACAUGUCGGCCGGCCUUGGAAGCAAUAGUUACCGACCCUGUCGCCCGGAUCCCGCUGGUUGGACUGGCUGUGGUCGCCGGGUCGCCGUCCCGUCCCUGGAGCUCGCUGGGCUGUCCCCGGACCCCAGGUCCACCGGUGGGAAGCGGCAGUGCGCGGUGCGACUCGCUCGCCUUCAGAUUCCGUCCAUUUUGACUCUGGCAGCAGCUCAACGUUUCGACUGCGGGGGCGGUGCGUGCCGGCCGCCCCUGCUGCCCCGAGGCCGGGCGGCAUGCCGGCCCCCCAUCGAGGUCUGAUGCCUUACUUCUUUGUACCGUCGUUUGGCGCUGCCGGCGCGCGGGCCACCCACCGGAUGGAUAAGAUGGCCAGCACCUUGGCUGCGGAGGCAAAACGCUGGGGAGGGCCGGAACGGGACAUAUCAAUGUAUUCCAUCCGUGUGUUUGAAGGGGCAUGUACAAGAGCGGCUUUCUAGGCCGUGGAAUCUCAUGAGGGAGCUACAAGAGGUAGCGAUGCUUGCAGAUUUAAAAAUGUCUCGGUUCCCCGGCACCUUAGCAUCACCUUUGAAGCGUUCAUGGUCUUGUCUUUCAAGCGAUGUACUCUUUCAAUCCGUGAUCUGAAGUCCGAACUCAUCCCCAUCAAAAAGUGCAGAUCAACCUUCUUCCUAUCUAGAUAUCUUUGGUGAACGAGGGCAAAACUGCAUUUGGCGUCUCAGAGGUCCGAUGUAUAAAUACUGGCUAGUGUGAGCGUAUAUAGUGUGACAAUUUACCUGGAGGCCUAGUUCUUUGUGUGAUAGUGUCUGCUCGGAAUAUCAGAGGAAUCUAACACCGCCGUAUCUUUAGACGCUAAAUUACAAAUUUGUCAAUAAUGAUGUAUUAUCUCUUCGAAUCUCCAUAUUACCUCUCGGUGUUGUCUUAUCAAGCUGUAAAAAACGGCGAAUUUAGUUUUAAAACCACCGUGAUCAGGUGGUGGAAGUAAAUACGGUCCCCACAGCAAACGUGGCCUCUAUAGCAGAGUGAUUGUGUAGCGCCUUGGCGAUGUUGAGGCUCGUGUACAUAUGAAAUACGUGUCGGGUAAUUUAAGGUUUCAUUGUUCUGAUCCGGGACGUUCGUACGUCUUGUCAGCUGCAUCCCAAAGAGUUUAUGUUGAUAGUCAUUUGACGGUCGGCCUGCUGGUCUGCCCGGCAGCCGCCCCAGCGUGUUUAGUUUCACUUGUUGAUUACACACCGAAAUGACAGCCAAUUUUGGCUUUAUACAUAUUAUUUAUUUUCUUAGACAGAUGGCGUGAUGAUAUUACCGCCUUGGCGACCUCCCGUGCUGCAGUCUGAAAAGUGCGGUCUAAAUUUCAACUACGGCUCUGAGAAGCGAUCAUAAGAUCUGCCGUCUUGUGAUCUUUGACAGAAUAGUAUUGGUGUGAAAUUUAGCUUCGAUAGACCUUAGGAAACCACCAUGACUGCAAUCUAGAACCUAUGGUUUGUCUGAUGCUAUGAGACGGUUCUAUUGACGUCAGCAGACGCAUAUUUCGUAGGCUCCCCGGUCAUCCUGCACUUGAAGAGCUCAGAUUUAGGUCAGGUAUUCAGUAGUCACAAGACAUGUCACAAGCUGCGAAUGUCGCCGCAAUGGUCAAUAAAUGGCAUGUCAUAAACAGUCAUCUGAUGGCAGGUUACAGACAUGCCGAAAUAGCGGGAACUCCCAAAAAUCGUGAGGACGGUGUGGCGUGAGACGCUAUCGACUCUCCAAACAGUAUCGCUCUGCUCAGGCCGCCGUCAAUUCAUAUCGCUCGCGUUUCCGGGCGCGGCCUCACAUCCAGCGACCGUCUCUCCUGUCUGCCGCUAUCUAAACUGGCGUGUUGUGGGUCGCGUUCGUCCUCUAAAACGUCUGACAUCAAGCAGCGGUGUGUGAAGAUUGUUAUUCGCCGCGCAAAUGAUACUUUCUCCGUAAUCCUCUCCGACCCGUAUGUAGUCUCCGUGUUAACUUAUUUCGCUGUGUUUAGUGCGUUAGCUAGUCAACGUCUGCCGCGCGCGUGGCGCCGCUUGUGUACAGUAGGCCGUUUGCUGCUAGUGUCGUCCCGGGUCCAACACGUGAGAGAACGCCAAGCCUGAAUAAAACUCGGAUAAAAAACUUCAA